AUGGUCUCAGAUCUUUCCAGAGGAACUCUUCAAGGAGCAGCUCUGGGCUCCACCGACAUCAGCCUGAGCCCAGGAAAGAUCCAGACAGGAAGCUACACAGCAGACACACACACGGCAGGGAGUGUGUGUCUGCUGCUGCAGGUGGCACUGCCCUGUGCCCUGUUCUCAGACGGAACCACACACCUCUGUCUGAGAGGAGGCACCAACGCAGAGAUGGCCCCACAGAUAGACUACACACUCAAGAUAUUUAAACCAAUCGUAGAAAAGUUUGGAGUUAACUUUGACUGUGACGUAAAGAUGAGAGGGUUCUUUCCCAAAGGUGGGGGUGAGGUGCAGGUAACAGUGAGUCCAGUGAAGCAUCUGUUGCCGGUGGUGAUGACCGAGAGAGGAACCAUCACCAAGAUCUACGGCCGAGCCUUCGUGGCCGGGGUCCUGCCUUACAAGUUGGCCAAAGACAUGUCGACCGCCGCCCUCAGAACCAUCCGGAAGGAGAUCAAAGAACUUUACAUCAACAUCCAACCACUGCAGGAGAAGGACCAGGCCUACGGCAACGGGAACGGGAUCAUGGAGACCGGAGAGAGGGAGACCGGAGAGAGGGAGACCGGAGAGAGGGAGACCGGAGAGAGGGAGACCGGAGAGAGGGAGACCGGAGAGAGGGAGACCGGAGAGAGGGAGACCGGAGAGAGGGAGACCGGAGAGAGGGAGACCGGAGAGAGGGAGACCGGAGAGAGGGAGACCGGAGAGAGGGAGACCGGAGAGAGGGAGACCGGAGUGAGGGAGACCGGAGGAGAGGGAGACCGGAGUGUGGGAGACCGGAGUGUGGGAGACCGGAGUGUGGGAGACCGGAGUGUGGGAGACCGGAGUGUGGGAGACCGGAGUGUGGGAGACCGGAGUGUGGGAGACCGGAGUGAGGGAGACCGGAGUGAGGGAGACCGGAGUGAGGGAGACCGGAGUGAGGGAGACCGGAGUGAGGGAGACCGGAGUGAGGGAGACCGGAGAGAGGGAGACCGGAGAGAGGGAGACCGGAGAGAGGGAGACCGGAGUGAGGGAGACCGGAGAGUGGGAGACCGGAGAGUGGGAGACCGGAGAGUGGGAGACCGGAGAGAGGGAGACCGGAGAGAGGGAGACCGGAGAGUGGGAGACCGGAGAGUGGGAGACCGGAGAGUGGGAGACCGGAGAGUGGGAGACCGGAGAGAGGGAGACCGGAGAGAGGGAGACCGGAGUGUGGGAGACCGGAGUGUGGGAGACCGGAGUGUGGGAGACCGGAGUGAGGGAGAGUGGGAGACCGGAGUGAGGGAGAGUGGGAGACCGGAGAGUGGGAGACCGGAGAGUGGGAGACCGGAGAGUGGGAGACCGGAGAGAGGGAGACCGGAGAGUGGGAGACCGGAGAGUGGGAGACCGGAGAGUGGGAGACCGGAGAGUGGGAGACCGGCUCUUUAG